UAUAAGUAUUUCGUUUGAUUUUAUUGAAGUUUUCUUGUCGUUCGAAGUUAAAUUUGUAAAUAUUCAUCUUAGUCGCUGACGCUCGCUCCAGGAAAUUUAUUUUAUUGACGUUGCAGCAACGCAUUAAGUAUUAAACAUAUCUGGAGAUCUGCUGCUUCUGCCGUUGGUUCAGUUUGACCAGGAUGAGCAGCUCUGGACCCAGCAGUGGGACGUAUCAACCUGAUGCUGUAUUUGAGGAUUUAUGGAGGCAACUCAGAGAGUGUCAUGGAAAUGCACUUCAAGAGUUGGAGUCAAAAGUGAGCAAGUUGAAAAAAGAUCGAUGUUUAGAUGCUCAAAGGCUGGAGGUGUUUUAUAAUCGCAACCAGCAGCUGAAGGAGCAAAUCAAAUCACUGCAGGACGCCAUGAGUGUCCUGGAGGAAAGGCUUCGGACUGGUGUGUGUGAACGAUGCUCCGUCUUAGAAGAGAAUCUGAAAAACAACCAGGAGCAGAAUUUGCAUCUCGUCACCAAACUGAAAUAUGAACAAAAAGGUCUUGAGGUCGAAAACACGAGGCUCCACGCUGAACUGGAGAAACUGAAGAGAACUCGCUCUGAACCUGAGCGAGCCUCAUCCCCAGAACUGGAAGACGGCGUCAUCCCAGACUCACCGGUCCUGCACAGCUCACUGCCAGCGGCGAACAAACUGAAGAAACGCAAAGUCCUCCACAAAACCAAAUACGUCCGCUACGAGGAGACUCCUCUACCACAGUCCCGCAGCUUCAUCUUCAACGAACCCAAUAAGGAGUCGGUUGAUGUUUUGAAGAAUCCAGGAAGAGUAGAAGUGCUUGUACCCAACACGUGUGAACUGGAAGCAUCACAGAUUCUGAAAAUGGAUGAAAAUGCUGAAGAGGAAGUAGCUGAAACCUGUCGCCUCGAUCUUCUCGACUGUCCUCCUAUGAAAACAGAUUCAGCUGCAAGUCAGCAGAGUAUGCUGAUGUCAUCAUGGAAGCCUGAUGUUCAUUUAAAGCCUUUUUCUACGUCGAUCCACAGUCCCGACUCGACCACCAGAAAUCCACAGACAGAUCCCCGUCUCUCCUCCCUCAUACUCGACAGUUCGCAGUCAACGGCUCCGUCUAAUAAGCCAAACGGAAAGAAGGAGGAAAGCGACGAAGAGGAGGGGAUGAAAAACGGUACAAAGUGGAACCCAUGUGGAGCAUGGACCGGCACUCGCCUUGUCGAUCAUCAGGAAGGUGAAACCGUGGACACAGACUGUACCUGGAUCAGCCACAGUUUACUCCAGCGUCACAAUGAAAACACCCAGGACACCAUCGUCGAGUCCGGUCUGGGACUAAAGGCUAACGACAGUCUGGAAAAAAUUGACACCUCCGCCUACGGGGAGUACAACAGUCCACAUUUAGGGCAGAGCCAGGAGGAGGAGGAGGAGGAAGAAGAUGGACAAGAUGCUGAAAACAGUUUGCACCAAAGAAAAGCUCAACGGCCGACGUUCGCCCACAUGGCUGUAAUUCGCAAGAAAGACGAGCGGAGGAAACUGAAGGGAACGACCUGUAAGGAAUGUGAAAUAUAUUACGCUCAUCUUCCAGAGGAGGAGAAGCAGAAGAAGCUGUCGUCGUGUUCCAGACAUCGGUUUCUGUACAUUCCACCUUGUACUCCGGAAAACUUUUGGGAAGUUGUCCCGUCAACGCAGACCUACAUCGAUAGAGGUUACAUUAAGGAGUGAGAAGCUCCUCAGGCCCGUUUACGGCGACGACAACCACUCAACGCUUUAUUCUCCCCGAAAAGAACCAGCAGGAGAAUUAAUCAUAGACCAGAUAACGUAGUGUGA